AUGUGGGCUACUACUUCGGGAGUUUUUCGCAACGGGCAGCAGUCCCUUGUCACUCGUCUCAAGAGCUCCCUCGAGAUGAGCGUUCUUCAUCAGCAGCUUCUAUUGAGUCUCGAAGCCUGUCUUUCUAGGGUCAAGCUACAUGAAAAUGAAGAAGACGAAAUGUCAAUAGACAGCGAGUCAGAUAGGUCAUCGAAUCGAUCCGAAGCGUCUUACAGGCUUGCUUUGGAUGACCAGCCUGAAGAUGAAGACAAGCUGGCACCUAGCGAUGGUAUAUGGGCGUCUGUGCACGAUACCAUUACUAGUCUCCGCCAACUUGGAGCUACGCUUCGUCGUGCUGGCGUUCGUCAUCGCCAACAACGGGUCGCACGUUUUGCUGGUUUGGAUAGAAACAGAGAACAGUAUGAGAUGUUUGAACGCCUAGCUUACCAAAAGGCCGCUCAUAUAUUUCCAAACGCCAGUACAGCUCUACAAAAGCGCAUUGCCGAGUCUAUUGCUAUACGCAGAUGCCGUUUUCUGUACCUUGAGCGCCACCAAAUGAAAGCUAGAGUGUCGACCGACAUGCUAGCUACAGAUUCGUCUAACAAUCCAUUGUCUUCGGAAGCCAUGCUCCAAAAGUCAACAACAGGCAACGAUUUGCAAGAACCAAAAAACUACAUACCAUCAAUAAGAAAAAAAUCAGCACCAACUCUCAACCUGCAAACAGAGCUAUCAAAGACGGUGGCGACGGAGCUUGACCCUCAGCCUUAUGCAGAAUCUGUAGCUUCAGUACAAGUUACCAUGGGUACAUUUCCUCCACUACCUACAAUAAACGAAUCAACCAUGUCUUUUACCUGUCAGUAUUGCUCUCUGGUUUGCCCUGCCACUGAAAGUAUCAACGAAACAGCUUGGAAAAACCACCUGAUCCACGACCUCGAGCCAUUCUUUUGCAUCUUUGAAUCCUGCAAAGACCCCUUCGGCCAUGGUGACUCCUUUUCAUCAUUGUUAACUCAUAUUCGAACUGCCCACUCUCAACGACGUUGGUAUUGCUGGUAUUGUCAAUCCGCGGCGACAAAGACUGGACUGUUUUCAUCAUCAUCCGACCUCGAAGAUCAUUUAAUGAACAGUCAUGGCGAAAAUUCUAAUAAAACUCUCUGGUCUACCAUCAUCAAUCAUAGCGUAGUUCGCACUGAACCCCUUAGCACAGAGUGCCCUUUCUGUGGAGGGUAUCCUGAAGAGCUCGAAAAAGUCUACCCUGAUCGAGAAUGCAAAGCUGCGGUCGAAGGUCUCACAAAACAUAUCAAAGUACAUCUUGUCACAAUUUCGUUGUUUCUUCUCCCUAUCAAUAUGGCGGCUGUAGAAACGGCUGAAGUCGACGAUUUGGCCACAGGCAUAGAUACUGGGAUUGGUACAAUUCAAGACAUCGGCGGCCUACAGGCUCUUGAUGGCCUAACCACCGUCACAGAAUUACAGUGUUCCAACGACGACUGUGACUGCAGAAUAAACAACUCGAUUCCAUCUGGAGAUUGGGUAUCUUUUUCAGAGACGAUCCAAUUGAGCGGAUCUCCUGUACUGCCCGCGCAUAAAGAUUGGACUAUAUCUGAGUCCAAUACCAAUGGAUGGGAAUUUUGGCAACAAAUCCUUGGCUCAUCGCCUCAGAGCGGACUACAAUUUCCAGAUAUGGAAGACGAUGCAAAACUAAAGGAAUACUUCGGAAUUGCCCCAGUGCAGACACAAAAGAAUAAGCAAGACAUUAACUCAUCGGUAGCAGACGAUUUGCAAAUUCUGCAAUCUCUUCAAGACACAGGCUCGGAUCUUGAAAUUGCUUCAGAUUGGAAUCGUCGGGAGCAUUACCAUUCUACAUCGGAUGCAUCAAGCAAUAUCGAAAAACAUGAAAAAUUCCAAAACUGGGUGGAAGGCAACUGUCGAGUUCUGGCAAUUACUAGUCAACAAAGUCGAAUAGUUACCACGGAUGAAAUCAUUCCCAUAGACGCCUUGGCAGGACUCUCAGUUUGCUACUAUUCCUUUGCAUAUGCCGGCCAAGAAAGCAUGAUGGGGGCUCUCCGGUCCAUUCUCCGCCAACUUCUUAAUCAACAGCGAAGUCUUCUCCAGUAUGCUGCCGAGAUAUGUCUAAAAAGUCCUGGAAUCUGGUCUUCGUCGUUCGAGACACUCAGUGCCAUAUUCGAAAUGGCAAUCCAUCAUCCUGACUUCCAGCACACACGAGUCAUCUUCGAUAAUAUUAAUCGCUGCUCAGACAAUGGUUUGCUCAAUAAAUGGUUGUACAGCAAUCUUGAGGACUCUUUCACGAAGUCCUCCCGCGUCAAAUAUUUAUUCACCUGUUGGAACAGCGAUUACUUUUUGUAUACAUGUCGACACACUCUAUCAUUCCCAGCGCUAACUACUAUCGAUGUAUAUGCAGACGCAGCCAAAAAAUCUAUAAUUAUACCCCCAGACAAUAAUUCCUUGUCGCUGAGUCCUGAAGCUGUGGGGACACAAAUACUAUCUAACGACGAGGAUAAAAGUCACGACGAGGACGAGGUUACAGGUAUACUGUUUAAUCGUGUUAGCGUGAUUGAAGGCUUUGAACCUGAUAUCGCUGGGUUUCAAAAGCAUAUCCUCAAACUAAAUCCCAGUCUUGAAGGUCAUGGAUCAUAUCUGAUUAAUCGUCUCGCAUUUCAUCAGCUCAUCCGAUACAAGCGGUUCCUAGCCAUUAUAGUUGAACACUUGCGUGUGGGCAGCAACUGUCCUAGCGGACCUCUUUGCAUAGCUAAGGGAAGCCUUGGCUUACCCUUCUAUAGUGUUUCCAUGGACCAAAAGGGCAACGAGAAGACAAACAAUCCCUCUGACCUGGAAUCUGACGCGGAUGAGUAUGGUGCGUCACCGGAAGGGUUGAUUAUCCAAGAGAGUUUUCCAGCUGGCAUCCCGAUGCCACCAACGCAAACCCUGCCAGCCGAAUUUGAAUGCCCACAUUGUUUCUCUCCCAAAAAGGUUCAAAAGCCUUCGGAUUGGACAAGGCAUGUCCAUGAAGACGUCGAGCCGUUUACUUGCACCUGGCCGGGAUGCCGUGAGCCGAGAACAUUCAAACGAAAAGCAGACUGGGCGCGGCAUGAGAAUGAAGGCCAUCGCCAAUUGGAGUGGUGGGGGUGCGAUGUCGACGCAUGUCGUCACAUAUGUUACCGACGCGAUAAUUUCUUGCAGCACCUGGUUCGAGAACACAAACUCAAAGAGCCUCCAGUGAAAAGCAAGGCCGCGAUGAAGAAGGCCGGUCAUACCGACGCAACUUGGGAAAAGGUUGAACAAUGCCAUAUUAAAACGAGCAAGCAACCACAGAACGAGCCAUGCCGCUUUUGCGGACGCAGCUUUACAACGUGGAAGAGCCUUCUAGCGCACCUGGCAAGGCAUAUGGAACAAAUCGCUCUACCAGUGCUUCUUCUUGUGGCAGCCAAGUCGAAGGAGCUAACUGCCGAUACAAUCAUCGACCCUGUUCAAGGUUUCCCACCAUAACCAAUACUGCCCCCGCUCGGUAACGUUGAUAUAACAGGAGACUGAGUGUUUAUACAGUCGUUUUUUCGACCAGAUACAGUGAUUUGAAAACCUCUGAGGAAAAAUGUAUGUAAAGGCCCAACCUCUUGGUUUAAUAAUCCAAUCUGUGAUUGGCAAAAGAAUAAUAUUGCUCUGAGCACUUCCGUCGGUAUAUUACCAAUCUAGCACUAGAUAUAAACUGGAUAUAAACUGGAUCCACAUUGUACAUCGUAAUACACAUCCUAGUAUAUCACAUCGUAAACACCUAUCAAAAUAAUACACACGACUAUAAGCGAGCCCAAGGAUCCCGCUUGUUGUUACUAUGGUGCAAACGUAUUAUAUGGUCCAAGUUAUUCC